AUGAUUCGAUUAGAGCGAGUUGAAUCAGAGUAUGAAUCUAUGGUAACUGAGCGGAUUUCUAGCAGUUCAUCUCCAUAUCGAUCUGAGCGCAUUGGAUCUUCCUUUUCCGGUCUUGGAUGUGUACGUAUCUCAUUUCAGGUUAGCGCUCUUAUGCAAACUUUAUCGGGCUAUUUAUCUGGCUGUAUUUUAUUUGCGCAUCCGUUUUCUCUUUUACUUGCCGAAUCUUAUACUGCCAAUCAGGAGCAAACCCAACUACUUAGACGUCUUCGGCCAUGUUUUACUUGGGUAGAUGACCUUGGCAUUUGUUUGGCCGGUCUUCUGCGGCGCCGUCCUUAUCUUCGUUUUUUCGCCUUCCUGUAUAUCUUACUACUUCAUCUUUGGAUGGCUGGCAACUUCUUCCUGUUACCCAAUCCGAGUGGAUACAACCCUAGCUCGGCAGAGGGACCUGUCAACAUCGCCCCCAUUCCUACGUAA